ACCAACUCCACGGAGGGCGAGCCCUGUGGCUGGUGGCAAGGACAGGUCAAGAUGACCAAAGGGGAGUUCUAUGUAGUGGACUUCGGUGGAUAUGGGUCAGCCUUUAAUGAAAUUGUGGACUCUGAUAGGAUCAGGCCUGUUAAUAAGAGUCCACCUAUAAGUAAAUCAACAUUUUUUAAGUGCCACAUAGAUGUUCCAGAGGAUCUCGUAGAUGUAUACCAUGAUGAGUCCAUGUUCAGGGACUACAAGAAGGCUUGUGGUACCCCUGUCAUCUACUAUAGCCCUGAAGAACAUGCAUUAAUAGUUAUAGCCCUAAGUGAAGCUACACUGAAAAAAGCAACGCUACUUAGUGAUAUGCACUUUAGAAACCUACGCCAGAAGUUAUUACUCAGGCAAAGAACUGAAGAGGCUGCCAAAAAAUUAGAGAGCACCAGAUUAACCAAGUGCAGUUACAGUGAGGAGUUUUCAGUUCGCGAGGAUCUCAUGGGUCUGGCGAUAGGGACGCAUGGCGCCAAUAUCACCCAGGCCAGGAAUAUCCCAGGGGUGUCUGGGAUAGAAUUGGAGGAGAAGACGUGUACCUUUAGGGUGUUUGGAGAGGAUGAGGAGUCUGUAAGGAAAGCGCGGGGGAUGCUGGAGUAUGCUGAGGAGACCCUACAGGUUCCCAGGGAGCUCAUAGCCAAAGUAAUAGGCAAGAAUGGCAAGAACAUACAGGAGAUAGUGGACAAGUCGGGAGUAGUGAGGGUGAAGAUAGAGGGUGACAGUGAGCAGGCUACCCCACGGCUCGAGGUAACUCACAGCCUUCAGGGACAAGUGCCUUUUGUAUUUGUAGGAACUAUGGAGGCUAUUGCCAAUGCCAGGAUACUGCUGGAGUAUCACUUGGAACACUUGAAGGAAGUAGAACAAUUGCGUCAAGAGAAGCAGGAGAUAGACCAGCAGUUACGGAGUAUUGCAGGCCCGAACCAACCGGGUCCUUAUUUCCCUCCUCCAAGGGAGAGAAGGGGCAGUGAUGACUCGUACCAUAGUGAUCGUGGUGUCCGUGGUCGAGGCGGUUACCGUGGCGGCCGUGGCAGGGGACGGGGACCGAGACGAUGGGCCAAUGAGCGCUAUGCUUCUGGUAAUGAGGUCAAAUUGGGUGAUGAUAUGCAUCACCCUGUCUCUGAUUGGUCAGAAGAUAUUGGCGAUGACCACGACCACCUGUACAACAUGGGGUAUUACACAGACAGCGCUUUACACCAGAAUAGGGGGCGCCAGCGAGGUGGGCGUGGCAGAGGAAGGGGACGAGGGUUGCCUUCUCUGAGAGAAAAUGAUGGGAGAAGAAGCCCGCUCUAUGAAAGGCAUGUUACUUUGGAUGAUGUUGACGACUUCCAUAUUACAUUAUAUAAUGAAGAUCGUGGCAGAGGGGGUGACAGGUUGCGCAGGACUGAUGACGAGGACACAAUUUUAGACAAUCAGUUGGAAGUUUCUAGUGUCACCAGUCAAGACCAAGAGAGUGUUUCUUCAUUGGAUGGUGGAAGAGGGCGUGGCAGGAGACGUAAAAGACGACCUCAGCGCAGUAGAGGUCGCGGUGGGGGAGGACGAGGUGGAGGUUACAAUAGCCAGAUGUCUGGCACAGACACGGAUACAACUCAAGGUUCACGGGCCGGUUCUGCCGCCAAGAACGUUCCCGUUGUUAACACAAAUAGAGGAGGAGGAGGAGAAGGCGCUGGAGGCCAGAGUUUUGACAAUAAACCUCCUAGUGCUCCCUCUGGUGGCCAGGGAGGGACUGGUAAAAAUUCUGAUGCAAUGUCCAAGAAGAGUAGUGCCAAUAGUUACAACAACGAGAGUUCAAAGGGAUCUCAUCCGCCUCCUGCCAACUCAAACGGUACUAGUUCUGGUGGAAAAGAGAACAGUAAGGGGCGAGGGGAUGGUAAGGGCGAGCAGCAACCAAAGAACAAAAACGAUAUGAUGAGAAAAAGUGAGUCGCCCAAACCUCAGAGAGAACAGCGCGGUGGAGGCGGCAGGGGAGGAAAACGUCCCAAUAAUGGCGGCGGUUUGAAAAAUGGCGGCAUCGGUGGUAGUGGUGGGAGUCAGCAAAGCGGCAGUGAGUCGGACGUCAAACCAAAUGGGAAAACAAAUCCCCGUAGUAAUAGUAAUAAUAACAGUAACAAUGCGAAUCUAACUGCUGACAAGGUUGUCAUGGUGAACGGAGAAAAAUGAUCAUUUUGAUGAUGUGAGAAGCUUGAUCUUCUGUUCUCCAUUUAUUGAGUAUGCAUCGGUGUUGUGCUCCUUUCGGAAUGUGGACUUGUUUGAGGUGGGUGUGGAUUAUCGGUGACCCCAACACCUCUGUGACAACAUUGAUACGAAGAGAAUACUUCCCAGUUGAAAACAACAACAGUAGAAAUUUCUUAGACAAAAAUAAAAUUGAAAAAAAAAAAGAAAGAGUGACAAAGACAAUUAAACAGUGUCAAAACUGAGAUUAGCAGUAGCUAUACCACAAAAUAAAAGAACAAAAGGACAAUUAAAGGACUGGAGUUUAACCAACAUGGAAGUUGUCUGACUUUGCCACCAAAGUUAUUUUGUUAUCAUUUAGUCUUGUUUUCAGACUGAAAGAGAACAAGGGUAAUAACCAACUUAAAUGAGAAUACUGUUGUAGAUAUGAUGAGACUGAAAAGUAAUUAAGGUUGUUGAUUUUUUUAUGUGCAGUAUGUAUAGGUAAUAUUCUGUAGUUGUUGAUACCUCAGGUUCUGAAAUUCUCUAUAAUAAUGGACUUUUGGGUGAACUUUACACCUUAAAAAUGAUAAGAAAAAAAAAAAGACGAAAUUUAUAGUUUUGCAUAUGAAGGACUGAAUGAAGUAGCAGCAGUUUUAAUACAUCACAGUUCUUGUUAUUUCAUCAGAAAAGAUUGGUGUUUGAGAGAAUUCAGAUGUGAAAAAUGCAGACAGUGGACGAAAGUCCAGGGUAAAAAGAGAAGAAGAGUUUGAUAAUGAAAUGGCUUCAUUGUUAAAGUAUUGUUAAAAGCUAGUUGUUGAGUUUUUUUCAUAAAUGGAAAUAACUGCUAAGGCACAUGGUGUGACCUGUUAAACUUCUUUUAAAAAGAAACUGGAUUACGAAGCCAUUGCUUGCUUCGUGAACUUGACAGAAGUCACUUUGUUGUACCCCACCCCUCUGCAGUUUGAAAUUUUUUCAUUUAGGUAUUUAUUUUUAUUUAUUUAUAGAUUUAUCAAUUUAUUUUAGGUCUCACCCGAAAGUUACUGAAGUGUAGGUUUAAAGUUUACUAUAUGUAAUUUACAAUCAUGUAAUUUAUUAUAUUAGACAGUCUUGUUUUUUUUUUUACAGAAAUGAGCCUGGACCUUGAGUGUGUUUUCUUUUUGAGAUACUUUGUGUAUCUUACAUACCAAUUAUGUCAUAUUUGUUUCGGGCAUUUAACAUAGUUUUCCUACCACUGUUUACGUAAGGAGAAAUUUUUCUUGUUAACAUAUCUUUUGCAAUUUUGUAUGUACAUUUAUCAAGUAAUUAAAGUCAUGUUAGUCUUUUUUUGCAUAAUUUA